AAAAGAUAGAGUUGUAGUGAUGAGGAGAGUGACUCAGUCCAUUUCUCCUGACAGAUGAAGAUAGGGAAGAAGCACUGUCUUACUCUGUUCCAUACGGGCUACAUUUUUGAGUCUCAGCUCUGAGACUAACAUCUGUCUUGGUUUCAGACGAAGUCGCAGUGUCUCUUCUCCUUCAUACACCAUCUCUUUCGCCCACCACCAGAAAAUGAGUCGCAGGGAUAGAGGGAGAGAAAGAAAGGGAAAAAGAGAGGGAGCGUCGGAGUGAACUUGAGAGGGAGAACGAGCGGGUAAGAGGAAGGAGAGAUGAAUACUCAAGUUGAACAUAGCUGUUGUCAAUGAAGAGCUAUGAGAGUUACUGUAAAUGGCCUAUGAAACAGCACAUCAUGAACCAAAUACAAGCCAGAUUCUUACUUUCCAAUGUUUUCACUUUUGUACAUUGCUUGUAUUACAUUAUAAUUUGGGAAACUAUGCUCUAAGAUCAUAGUCCAAAGCUUUUGUCUGAACAAUAUUUUUGAAAUAAAAUGCUUUUGCAUGACCUUGCUUUGUUUUAUGAAUGGCAUCAAGUGAUUACUUCCUGUUCAGCACCAAAACCAAACACACCUCCCCCCUCCUCCCUGGGGAAGCUAGUGUGGCAUCCUAAUUAACCUAGCUGCUAAGGAGACAUUUUUCAAUUAGACUAGCUGAUUAAUCUCUCCUGUUCUGUGUAUAUGCACUCUCAGCUCCUGGUAGCUAAACUCUGAAACACCCACAUUCCCAUGGGUGUAGUGUACCCCUGGUCUAGCAUUGAUUGGAUGGGUAUCUAGGGAAAUGCCCUUUGCUGUGAUUUUAGGUGGAUGGGUAUGGUAGGAACUACUUUGUAUUUGUCUGGUGUCCAUGGUGAUUUUACAUAGGUAGUUCUGUGGGAGGUUGGGCUUGUGUUCAAUGCUACAGAAAGAGUGAGUGUUUACGAAAGUGUACCUAUAAUAGAUGGGCAGCAAUCAAUAUCUAUUUUGCUGUGCAUUUGUAUCUAUGACCAAGAGUUGUUGAUAUUUGGAAUAAAACAUCUAGCAGUGGAUUAGAGGCUGCAGACAGAUACUGGAAUAUAACUACUCUUAGAAGAAACUGGGAAAACAGGGCCCUGGAUUAGGAUCCAAAGAGACUGAAGAGUAUUCUACCCAGAACUCUAACUCUAAUUCAGUAGCUGAGAUGGAGACCCCAAUGCCGGAGUUGAGAGAUGCGGAGCCAGUGGAGAUGGGUCUCGGUGUCAACGUGUAUACCUUCCAGAACACCCUCUACACAAUCUUGGUCCUGCUGGGUAUUGUGGGUAACGCCACGGUGGUUGGCGUAAUUAGUGAGAGCGUAUUCAAAGACCCCAGUGGAGGACGUAACUCAGACAUCAUCCUGAUAAACAUGGCCCUCUCCAACCUGCUCCUUUCUCUGCUGAGGAACGUCCUGCUGGUCAUGUCUGACCUGGGGCUGGAGCUGAACUCUUCCAGAGACGGGUGUCACGUCCUGAUGGGGGUGUGGGUGUGGCUUCGCUCAGUCAACGUGUGGUCAACACUCUUCCUCAGUGCUUUCCACUUCCAGACACUGAGGCGCGUGGCCCCUCCCUCACGGACUGUUCACAGGCCCCACAGACCCCCCAAGACCCUUCUGAUUAGCCUGGGCCUCAUCUGGUAUCUCAACCUGAUCUAUGCUAUACCUGCACACAUCUACUCUACUAAGGGGAACAAGAACAGCACAGAGACCCUGAUGUUGGUCAGCAGCACCACGCGCCCCCUGCUGGGCUGUGUGUGGAACUUCCCCUCCAGCUACAAUACCCUGGCCUACACCACCACCUCCAUGGUGAUCCACGAGAUCCUGCCUAUCAUCCUGAUGGCCAUCACCAACCUGGGCUCCCUCUACACACUCUACACCUACGGCAGGACCCGUAACCCAGCACACAUGACCCAGGACGCGCCUGUCAUCAAGAGGAUACCGGCUGAGAGACGGGCUGCCAAGGUGAUUCUAGCCCUCACCAUCCUCUUCAUUGUGUCUUGGGGAACUAGCAUCAUCUCUAUCAACUACUUAAACUACAAUAAAGGAUCUUCAGACAGGUUUCUCCCGAUAAUAGCUCGCUUUGCCAACAGCAUCUUCAUCGCCAUUUCGCCCAUCGUGCUGGCAGUGGGUCACCGGCGGCUGCGUGCUGUCGUUAAGUCUUUUCUUACUCACUGACAGAUCCAACACCCUGAAUCACACUGCAACUGACAUUAUGGGGAAGCCAGUGGAAAAAUAUUAUACUUCCCUUCAUAUAGCCUAAUAAUAAAGUAGACUUACAUGUUUGUUGGUAUUCCUCUAACCAUUGGCAAAAAUGAUGAGGUCAUCUGUGCUCUUUUAAGGUACUUACUACUAACUGAGCAGUAUAUUUUCCAUGUGUGGUAGGAGUCAAAAUAAGAAUACUGGGAGAGAUGGAGGCUCGCACACUGUCGAAAAAACAAAACAUCCAAAACCGAGGCUUGAAUGGUUAUUAAAACAUCAUGGUGCCAGUGGCGGUUCUGGGGGGGUUCCAGUGCCCCUGUGACAACAAUUUUGGACCCCCUUGUGGUCCCCCUAAAUGUGGAGUAUGAAUAAAUUUUUACAUACAGUAACUCAUUUUUGCUAUCAUUCUUUUUUUACAUACGUUAUUUAGACAGUGGCAACGAUGAUGAUUAUGAACAUGGUCUUCUGCCUGCUAAUGCCUGCAAUGCAGUGAAGAAAACGAUGUCAAGAAUAACGUCUAAUGUAACUUGCCCCUCUAACAGUACAACUGGCCCCAGCUUGGCCCCCCCCAGUUGAAAUGGUCUAGAACCGCCACUGCAUGGUGCCCAAAAAAUCAGAGUGCAAGAAAGUGCAUAAAUGAAAGUGAAAACAAAACACAAACGUUUCGGCCUCAGGUCAUCAUCAGUUUAACCAUUGGCAACCAUUUUGAUCCUCUUAGGCAGACUGUUUUAACAUGGUGCUAUGAGAGUCAAACCCAUUCAUUUAUUACUUUAUGACAAUUUCUAAGAAUGUAUUGAUCACUGAGGAAGACCACUGUUUGUUUGUCAGUGAGAUUACAUGAACACUAUUUAUUUCUGGAAACCUGCUCUUUUGUGAGCGACAGAAUGUUUUUGAUGUAUAGACUGUAUGUGAAAGGGCACUCCUAUCUAUAGAUAGUUGUUGUUACAUGUUCUGUCUUGUUUGCUCUUUAAAAAACGGUCAAAAUAAAGGCCUUUAUUUGUACCAUC